CAGGAGUAAUAACAUUCACUUCUCGAGGCACACGACAUUUCUGCAUAAGGUGUACGGUAUCUUUUUUGACCUUACAGGCUCAUUGUUUGCAUGAUGUCAUAUGAAUUUUGCUCAUGUACUCCUCUAGUCGCACGCAAAGUUUCUUAACUGUUGAGGCAUGUGACACGUCAUUAGAGGCUAAUUCUGGAUUGCAUCUGGAUCGUCUUUGUAAACAUCCCGCCGAAGAAUGAAAUACACAGUCACGCUUGAAAACACACAGCAACGGAAUGAUAAUAAGCACGUCUGAAACUGCAUUCACAUCAGUCAUUGCAGCUUCUGGCGUUUUUUUUUUUUUUUUUUUUUUUUUUUUUUUAAUGUGAAUGUAACGUGAGGCAAUACACUUUCCUCCCAGCUCUUCUCUGCUUGGCUGCACCUGGAGCAAUUAGCCCCUUUUUAUCCCACGCUCCAUUUUGUGUGUAUUGACCGAGGUGCUCAAUGAAGAGGGAGGCAGACGAGCGGCACCCCCGUGACCAGCAAGUAGAAGAAUGAGGCCACAGCACAGUGGUUCUGCUUGGGUCCGAUCCACUCUUUACCCUCGUUGGAUUUCAGACCUCCCCCCUUGUUCUUCCAGCAGACAGCCUUAUUGGUGGGCUUGUUCUCUUCUUGCUGGGAUCAGAUGGACUAAGAGCACCCAGGGAUGCCUCCAAGUCACCGUUCAGAAAAUAAAUGACCAUACCACGUAUGCAUAACUUGCUCCAACAUGAGUCUCAUCUCCAGUCAGUGGACUCUUCUAGCCAUUGUCAUAGUGACACUCACGGCGAUGUCCUGCGUUGAGGCCAAGUCCACACCCAAGCCCAAGUACCAGUACACCAAGAAACCCCUCUCUCAGGUCACAAUACACAACCCCGCCGGGGCCCCCGGUACACCGAAGCCCAAGAUGGGCUACAUCCCUGCCGAGCCUAAGCCACUGCCCGCCUACCCCGGCCACGCUUUCCCUCAGGACCACACAGUGAGCACGGAGCCACCCAGUGUAGGCCCUGACAAUUACACCUUGGAUUACAAUGAGUGCUACUUCAACUUCUGUGAGUGCUGCCCACCUGAGAGCGGACCCCAAGGGCCAAAGGGAGACAAUGGCCUGACAGGGCCACCGGGGACAAGAGGCUUUCCCGGUUCAGCUGGCUCCCCUGGACCACCAGGAAUGAGUGGUCUGAAGGGGAUGAAAGGAGACAAAGGGAAUAAGGGUGAAAGGGGAAACACUGGCCCAAGUGGAUAUCCAGGAGCUCCGGGGAAACCCGGCCAGAAAGGUGAUGUUGGCCAAAAAGGAGUGAAAGGUGAGGCGGGCAUGCAUGGCGUCAAAGGCGACGGCGGUCGAAAAGGCGAACCUGGACAGAAUGGAACUGUUGGUGAGAAAGGAGAAUCGGGCAAAGAGGGGCCACCUGGACCUUCUGGAAUGAUUCUUGGUCCUAAAGGAGAUAAGGGUGAUAAGGGAGAGUGCGGCACAUUUGGGGAGAGGGGGCCAAAAGGUGAUCGCGGAGACACCGGCUCUCCGGGAAUCCCGGGAGCGAUGGGAAUCCCGGGGAUCAACGGCAAGAACGGGGCACCGGGUCCCAUCGGCGUACGCGGGGAUCACGGACCUCCUGGAGCCCAGGGAGAACCUGGAGUGAGAGGGGCGCAGGGUCCACAAGGUGUUCGAGGGGUGCAGGGACCAAAAGGGGAUCGAGGUUACCAUGGGAUGAGAGGGGAGCGGGGAAUGCGUGGUUUCAAAGGGGCGAAGGGUUCAGGCGUUCCUCAGAAACGCUCGGCCUUCAGUGUCGGCAUCUCCCCGAGAAGAUCCUUCCCACCAUCUGGCUUCCCCGUUCGCUUUGACAAAGUGUUCUACAAUGAAGAGAACCACUUCAACGUCACCAGCAACAGCUUCGUGUGCGUCCACGCCGGUGUGUACGUCUUCUCCUUCCACAUCACCGUACGGAAUCAACCCUUACGCGCCACUCUGGUGGUGAACGGCUCGCGGCGGGUGAGGACGCGGGACUCGCUGUACGGCCAAGACAUUGACCAGGCGUCCACUCUGGUGGUGCUGCGCUUGGCCCCGGGCGAUCAAGUGUGGAUGGAGACCCUCAGAGACUGGAACGGGGUGUACGCCAGCAGUGAGGACGACAGCAUCUUUUCCGGAUUCCUCCUUUACUCGGCUUGAUGGGGAACGUGCCUUCUGAUCUAACGGGGUGGUGGUGGACUGUGUACUUAUGUGUACUCUUCAACUGUACUGUACUUUGUGGGGCGAGUUCAUGGACUAU